UACACUGCACUAAAUUUUCUUUGCACGUUAGAAGUAUUUUGUUUAAGACUGUUAGCAUUAUAGUUGCUCCUUUUUAAAAGUACUGUUAAUUAGUACUUAUUAAUUAUAAUGACGAAAGGAUAAUUAGAUAAAGAGACUUAAAUAUAUUAUUUUUGAUAAAUAUGAAAAUUUGUCAUGAUAUGUAUUUUUCUAACAGGUAAUUUGUGUUGCAUUUCCAAUUUAUUUUCUUCGAAAUUUUAAACCACUGGUUUUGUAAAUAGCAGAUUACAAUUUUUUUUUUCUUUUUUUUUUUUAAGAUUUAAUUAAGAGUUACGACUCUUAUUAACUUCGUUUUUGCAGGUUUGUUUUUGUUUAUACCGUAUUUAAUAAUGACGACAAAUAUUGCUGCAAUACUGUUUAGAAAAAUAAUUUUUUACUCGCUUCACUAUUUUACAUGUAAUCAUUAACAAAUUAAAAUGUAAUAUUAGUUUUUUUUUUAUUAUAAUAUUUAGAUUGCAGAAAGAACUUUUUAAAAGGUAUCUUUUAUAAACUGUAAAAAUCAGAGAGAUGUUAAAUUUUUAUUUUGAAAUUCUUAAGAUUCCUAAAAUCUUAUCAAUGCUACCUCAAGAAUAUUUAAUUUGUUAUAUGAAUAAAUAAGUAACUAAAUAAACAGUUGUUUUAGAUAAUCUAGAGUUCGUUUAAGUAAUGUUAUGUGAUAGUUGUUUGCGUAAUACAAUUCUAAAAAAAAGAAAUAUUUAUAACAUUACUACUGUUAACAUAAUUGAUGUGAAUUUAAUAAGACUGCAAAACUAAUUUCAUUACUAUUGUAUCAGUUCUCCUGAAAUUAUUGUAAGUGCUUAUGUAAUUUUUCUUUUUCUAAUUCUAUUAUUAUUUCAAAUAAGAAAAUUAUGUUCUGUAAUAAUUUAAGGCAGCUAACAUUGUAUGGUCUUCAGUUAAAUUAUAAGGUAGGUGGGUUUAUAUUUUUUAUCAAUGAUACCAUGUACUUUUGUUUCGAUUAUAUUAUUGUAACUUUCUUUUAAUUUCUACUGCAAAUUUUAAUGUUUAUAUAUAUGUAUCAGUUACUGUGUAAGAUAUAAGAUAUUACCCUUAUAGUGAAUUGUAUAGGUGACAAAGCAGUGUAAAUGUUCUAUUUUAUUAGAAUUUUAUUAAAAUAGCGUGAUUUAAUAACUAAUAUGUGUAUUAAAUUUCUGCUAAUUUGAGAAAUAUAAAGAGAAUUGAAAUUUGUUGGACAGUACCUACGUCCCUUGUCUCGAAGAUAUUAGUGAUGCAAUAUUCGCUUUCGGUUAUAAGUUGCGCGUGUAGGAGGCUUGUCCAUACAUCCAUCAGAAAUUUGCCGUUGGCGUGCGCGGAAUAAUUUUAUGGAAUAUUAUUCACGUCAUACGCAUGUAACACCCUGACACUCGACGAACUGUCCCAGCAUUUUUAAAUGCGUGACUCGAAACAAGAAAAAAAAAAAAAUUAGAAUAAAAUAGAAUUUUAAAAUUUCUGAAUUUCGAAAUUCCAGUUAACCCAGUGUGUAAGAUCCUCGAUUCCGAGGCUUGUGACGGAAAAUAAUAUCUGUGAUAAGUGAGGAGAAACAGAAUUCAAAACAGAUCUUAAUCAUCCCGACGGUGGCAGAUAUCUGGAGUAAGAAGAAAGGACAAGCGAUCAAUCGAGCGAACAGUUUCCGUCGAUUUCGCGAGGGCAAUCUACGCGAACGACUUUUCCAAGGAAGCGAGCUAACUGAAAAGCGCAAGAUUUUUGAAACCGUAUUCCAUUCUGCGACCGGAAGUAAAUAUCAUCGUAAGAUCCUGUGCGUCCUGACGAAAGUAAAUAACACGUAGAGGAACGUAUAAUUUGUCAGAAAGGAGGAUAACAGAAAGAAGCCGGUUGGUAAUCGUGGGAAGCGGACAGAGGCUGGCCGAAGCGGAUGGGAGAAAUUCGAAAACUUUAUCCGAGGUGGAAGGAUCAUCGUCUUCCUCGUCCCCGAAAGCAACUUCUGAUCCAAGACAACAGGGAUCAGGGAAAAUAAAAGUCUCCUGGAGUCGGUUAAUGCUCUUCGUCGAAGACACUUGUUUUCCAGCGCGACCUAUCUCAGCGAGACGCUAGAUUUAUCGACAUAUUUUCUCAGUCUCUUCAAAGAGUCUAUUUAUUUUUGUACAACGAUACCAACCCUUCCUGUACCCUUCGAUCAACCCUUCGACAGCUUUGUUUCAGUUUCAAUGACGUAACUGGGUGAAAACUAGGGUUGAAUUCGAAUAAUUCGAAUUUCAUAUCUUUACAAGCUCCGAUGGUCUAGAACGAUCUCGCGGUUACGUUCUGACGCGGAUUCGAACUUUUCGAAUAAUUCGUAAAAAGCCAUGCAGCGACAAACAAGUCCAUAAAGAGUUUGCUUCUCCUCUUUCUUUCUUCUUCUAUUUCGCUGCUUUUCCAGUUUCGACUUUCGAGCAGCCUUUUAACGAAAGUUUCACAUUCCAUCAAGGUGCGAUGCAUUGAAAAUACGCGCGUUUAUCGUGGCAGAACUCGAAUUCGCGCUAUCGAUACUGAUCGAUACUUUUUCUGUCAAAUAUUUUACUUCCCAAUCCGUCCACUGAAUUCUGUGCAUGGAUUAGAAACUACGUUGGAAACAUGAAAUAUCGUUCAAGUGCCAAAGUGAUGCUUUAUAACCGAUAAUGGAAACCGAUAAAUGGAGAAAUAUAAAUAAUCGCAGAAACGUAAAAGUAUUGUAACCGUACAUGUUUACGGCCGAGGGAUUAGAAGCACGGUGCGAGGUAAAGAGAAAGGUCGUGUGUUGUUAUGCCGCGAAGUUGUCAUUAAGCGUACGGGUGUGGUCGUGUUUGGAAUCACUUCAGGAUUUGUUUUUGCGUCUUUCGCUCACUCGAGUACAGGUGUCGCUUGUGCGUAGUUCAGUGUCGCGUUCAAAAUCUAUCGCGUCUUUAUAGCGUCGCGUCGCGUCUUUCUAAAUAAUAAUCUGUAACCGAUACGAUUAACAAACAGUGCAAUGUUCCACCGGCGAAUUAAUUACCUGCGCGAGCCGUACCGUCGAUUAUUCAAUCUAACAUUAUCUGUGGACGAUGUAUCACGUGUGAAACCGAUCUGACACCGAGUGACCUAAACAUUCGACAACGGAUGGAGUCAUCGCCACUAUGGUCAUCGCAUUUAUCGAAUAUAUCGUCUUUUUACAAGAUUUCGUGCCUUUGAGAAGUUCCUAGCUCAAUUAUGUACCAUUUUGAGAUAGACCGAUCAUCUCUUCCUUCGCUGAGAUCUACGCGUCAACCUCGGCAAGGACAUUCACUUUGGUGAUAGAGAUUUGGAAAAGGUCAAUGUCGUGUUGCAAGGUGUUGACCAAAAUGCAGAUUCUACUAAUGGUGUCGUGAUGACCACAUCUAGAGGCGAAACGUAGAGGUUACAAAAAAGGUUGGCGUCCCUAGUGCUGCAUGGAGGUUACCACAGCUUGCCGUUUUAGCGAAGAUUUUGUGCCUCCUGAUGGUGGUGAUGUGCGGGGCGGUACCGGCAAUGGUGCGCUCCGUGAGUCUGUAUUCGACUUGCAGCAGCGGCAAUGUCACUGUAAUUAACCGCACAGUCAAGGCCGAGGGACGCAAUGAAAGCAACGCACCCUACCAAAAACUUACAACGCAAUCCGAAGAUUUCAGUAGGAAGUUGUACAUCUUUGCGGAGAAGAGUCAAAAAUACAUUUGCUUCAACAAGCGGUGGAAACUCGUAGCCCUGCCGAAAAAGCAUAAGGGUCCCAUGUGUCAGUUUUACGAGGACUACAACGGCUCGUACUUAACCUACAGAAGCGUGGUAGACAGCUCGCGGUACAUAGGCUUCAACAAGGGUGGGAAACAGAUGAGAAGUACUCGAGGUCGACAGGAGUGCUUCAAUUUCAUCAAGUACAAUCCCCAUGCCAACAUCAAUCACCACAACAACCUGGUGAACGCUGACAUGGGCGGUAUGGAUCCACGCGAACCAUACGUUACACCUAGGAAACCGUCAGCUGGUAUGAGGGCCGCGAAAAAGAAGUCCCUGUCGCAGGUCGACAAUGCAAGGGGGAUCGUUUACACGCAUCGUUAUCGGCAUUCGAAUCACUGGAAGACGCCUCGAAGACGACACGAUAGUCGUCUGUUCGUCGAGGCCAGCAACUAUUGAGCCAUGUUUCGGCUCGCCGAUCAAGACUGCCUCCUCCACAUCAGUGAGAACCUGAGAUCAGACUGCCAAAUACGCUGGUGGAACGUACGGUCAAGAUAUCAGGAACCCACUAAGCGGCACCACGUGAAGCACGCGCCUCGAUUGAUCGCAACGAACAAAAUGAUAGAAAAAAAAUGAAACAAACAGCUGGCUCGCCUUAUGUCUCCUGCUUGUUUGCCUUUUUCGAUCGACGCCCGACACGUUGGAAAGAGAAAAAAAAUCAAAUAUAUUAAAACGGACGAACUAGCAGGAAGACAGUCUUGCUGGUGUGUUAGAACUUUCGUUUAGAUUCCAUUCGUUCACACUUGCCCCCGACUGAAUCCUUCUUCAGGCAAGUAUAUAUUGCACGAUAUAUAUUGUACAUGUAUAUCAUGAUUUCACGUAUUCGUUUCCAUCGCUAAAUAAUUUUAUCCGUACGAUACGAAACAUUAUUCUUCGGUUCCGUUAAGGGAUGAUAUUGAAAAAUUUCUUGCACCCGGAUGAAGCGAGUUCGAUCGUUUAGCGAUGGAGGAUUAAAUUGAGUUGCGCACGAUCGGCCUAAGUCGUUGCGCAAUCGGAUAGCUAUCGUGCUUCAAGCGCUGUCAUAGAUCGCGAUUAGAUGCGUGGAGAGUUACAAAGAGAAUCGGUGCACCCUCGUGGAAAUAUUUUCUUAGAAUAGAGGAAAGAGAGAGAGAGAGAGAGAGAGAGAGAGAGAAAAAAAUAAGAAAUCGAAUUUAACGAACGAAUUAUGAAUUUGAAUCGCGUUCGAAAAAGAGAAUAUUUCUAAAUAAAGUAAUAAGAAAGAAAGGUGCGCGCUGAAGAUGAAAAAAAAAAGUAAUUAAUGUAACCCUCUUACGCGCUCGCGCAGUAGAGCUCACGCCGCGCCAAACACUCUCUCGCUCGCUGUGCUAAUUACGCCGCCUAAUUUAGCGUGCGUGCGUGCAUGCGUGCCUGCGUGUAUGAAUAAUGUGUGCGUGCGUGCGUGCUCGCAACGUACACGCAGUUCUUACCGUCGCAUUGAUGUCGAUGCUCGCGUUGCGAUUGAUACAAGCUGCUUUGUUCACCUGACGAAUUUUUACUCUUAUUUAUAACGAACGAGAGUCGCGACAUGCGUGUGAAUGUCGAUUGCUCCUCCCACAAGACAGAAAAAAAAAAAAAAA